GUUGCUGCCUGUAUAAUUAAUGUAUGACCUGCGCCACCUUUCUGUCAGUCUGAUCUGAACACCAUCUUCUCUUGGUGUCAUCCUUCUGUAUCAAGUUAUGGGCAGAGCCUCAGAGCUCAACACAUGAGCAUAACACAGCUGCUGAUCCAACAGCAGGAGCUUCGGUGGACACCUUUAGAGGAUCUGAUGUGCAAAAAUUGAUGGGAAAGUGCAGAAGAGGAGUGUGUUCAGUCUGUCUGUCGGCCGCAGAGUCAGCGAGGAGAUAAACUCCAGUGUUAAAGGUAAAAGAUGACAACCAAACCUUCAGUAGGAUCGUAUCAGCAUGUCCUGCUGCCUCUCUUUCUGCUAUUUUGUUUUGGAGGAGUAUUUUACACCUACUACAAGCCCACUGUGAGCUGGUUCUCAUGCUCGAAUGUUCCAGUCUCCUCACAUGAAGUCUGCUCAGAUGAAUGCCUCAAGGUAUUGACAGCAAACUUUACCCAAAACACUACCACUCAUAACUACACUACGCAAAAGCUACUGCUACCACAACCGACCCCCAAACCAGCUGACACUGAAGAAAACAUCACCUUUUUAAUCUGGACAUGGCCUUUCGGGUUUAAAUUUGAUGUAAAAGCUUGUAGUCCACAGUUUGGUAUUGAAGGUUGUCAACUUACAGAUGACAGAAGCCAAUAUGACAAAGCCCAUGGAGUUUUGUUUCAUCACAGAGACAUUGGUGGUGAUUUCACAGAGCUGCUGAAAAGACCACGUCCUCCACAUCAGAAGUGGGUGUGGAUGAACAUGGAGUCUCCUGAUAAUUCAGGUAGAAAUGAUAGAUUUGAUGCUGUAUUUAAUCUUACAACAAACUAUCGAAGAGAUUCAGAUGUCUGGGUACCUUAUGGGAGAAUCAUAGAAAUAUCAGAGAAGGACAAACCCUUUAAGAUACCACCAAAGGAUAAAUUAGUGUGCUGGAUCGUCAGCAACUGGAAUCCCAACUUCAGGAGAGUGAAAUUUUUUAAUGAACUGAGCAAACACAUCAAAAUAGAAGCUUAUGGUAGACACUUCAACAGGUACAUCAGCAGUGAAGACUACAGGACGAUUGUAUCAGGCUGUAAGUUCUACUUAUCAUUUGAGAACUCCAUCCACAAAGACUACUUCACAGAAAAGCUGUUCAAUCCUCUGAUUAUCGGCACGGUUCCUGUGGUUCUCGGUCCAUCCAGGGAGAACUACGAGGAAUUCAUUCCAGCAGAUGCAUUCAUUCAUGUGGACGAUUUCAAAUCUCCUCAGGAACUGGCAGAACGUCUCAAAUUUCUGGACCAGAACCAGGAGGUUUAUGAACGCUACUUCACCUGGAGACAACACUUCACUGCUAUAGGGGCACAUUUUGGUCUAGAACACGCUUGCCGAAGUUGUGAUCUUAUAAAAAGGAAUAAGUCCUACAGAGUGUUCAAAAAUCUCAAUAAAUGGUAUUGGGGUUAGCUAGCAUGCUACUGGCUAACAUGAACUUCUGACUGUAGACCCCAACAAGAUGAGCUUUUCCAGAUAAGACAUCAGACCUUUUUUUACUUCCCAGUGAACGGACCAUAAAUUAUUAUAAUCAUUUUUCUUCUAGGGGUUUAAUGAUGCACAUCUCCUACUAUUUUUAUACACAGGAAAGCAUAAAGCUGAUGGCUAAGACUGAACUGAUAGCUACAAGAUAAGGAGCCAAACAAUGACUGACCAUGCCUGAUAGACUGAGAUAUAUAUGUAUAUACAGGGCAAAGCAUGAGGUUGAACAGGGAACAGGUGACAUGGCAGAAAAAUGGAACAAUGGGAAGGGCGUGGCACAGAUCAUGAGCUCAUGUGGGGAACAAACAAUACAACAAACUAUGAUAAAACACCUGCCUGUACCCUCUGAUGGUCUGGUAAGGAACCGUCCUAGCAGCUCCUGACAAUUUGUUAGCUAAUCCGGUCACCCUAAGCUUCAGAUGUUAAUGGGUCGCCUCUAAAGAGCUCAAGAUCACGGCAUUUUGUUAUUAAUUUAUCCACUGCUUGUAUAAAAUUAACAGUAUGUUCAUGACAGUGGGCAGAACCUUCCUUCAAGCCAUAAAACUGAACUUUGGACUGCCUUGUUUAUCUUCAGCUCUAUAUUUUAUUAUUCUCAUUAAACAGAACUGUGGAGGCCAUAUGUUUUUAAGUGAAAAAAUCUUUGCACAUUCUACAUUAUUACACAGUUGUACAUGCCACAAUCAUUUCCCUCAAUUUUAAGCUUAUCAAAUAUACAGUAACUGUGCAUUUAUAUUUAUUCCAAUAUUACUAGAUGUUUUAAAUUCCGAGGUCGCAAGUCUAUUUGCUAAUGCAUUUCCCAUUCUGAGUUAUGACCUGGUCAUAUAUAAAUGGCGAUAGCAAUUAUUCUAUUUGCUCUUUCACUUCCUCUGGGUUGUGUACAGAGCCUGAAAAUUCAAAUAAUUCCUUUUGCCUUUCACAGAAAGCUGUCAGUGUUGGUGUGAGAGUACAUGAGUACAUCAGUCACGGUUAAUGGCCAGGAGGGAAAAUGUACUGAACACCCCUUUUAUUUCUGAUUUACUUCAUAACUCAUCUGAAUAACUUUGUUUUAGAUUCUUUAAAAGAUUUUAUAUCAAGACUGUUCUUCAUUCAGAUAACAGGGAAGCUGUUAAGUAAAUGCUAAAUCGGCAGUAUCAUCUGUUCAGCACUUCUCCUUGACCGUUGAUGACAUCACUGACUGUUUUCUGUGUGAAGCAUCAGAAAUGCAAAAGGGGGUAAUUUGUUUAGCUGUACCAGGUAGAGAGAAUAAAGAACGACAGGGACAUUACUACGAACAGGACGUCCAUCUAAAAUUCACGAGAAGACUAGGAGAAAUCUGAUCAGGAGGCCUACACUAUACUCUGGAAUUAUGUGUUGAACAUUUUGGCCAUAAUACUAAAAGAUAUCUUCAGGGUAAAACACCACAUCACUAACAUAACAGCUUCCUCAUGGUGAAGCAUGGAGGCAACAGCAUCAUGCCUUGGGGCUUUAAUCAGGUUUGAUGGAAUCAGGAACAGUUCAUUUUGGUGCAAACACAGCUUGUGUGAAGAGGAUUUUCACCGAAGCACACCUUCAAAUCAACAAAGGCAAAACAUAUAGAAGAUGUACUCUCUCAUGUCAUUCAUAAUUUAAAGGCUUACUCACAGUUCUGAAAAAGUUUUGCAUGCAAAGGGCGAAGACUAUGAAUUUAACCAAUCACUAAGCUUGCAGUGAAGAUGCCUACCAUGUCUAAAAGAGAACUAGCAUGAGUAGAUAAAUGAAUAAAUUCUACAAGGGUUACAGUCCUUGCCUUAAACUGUCAGUGGAUCCUUAGUAUACAUGUCUGUCAUGAUUCGGAGGGAUGCAGCCAGUCAGACCCAAGAGCAGGAUAAAAACAGACCAUGUGUUUAUUAACUAAAAAUAACACAAAACACACAACAUGAAAAAAAUCUCAAAUACCUGAAGGCGUCGCUGCAAACAAAAACUCAACAUAGAAAAACCUGAUUAAAACUCAAGGAACCAAACACAACCCACAAUGACGACAAAGGGACACCAGAGGGCAGGAAUAAACAAGUCAACACAUUAAGAGCGGAUUGGUAACAGGUGACAGGACACGUGACAUUCAACAAGGUAGAGUAAUAUACCUGUCAGAACCCCCUCUGGUGGUCAGGCAGGGAACUGUACCAGUGGUUCUUGACAUUGUCCCACACUACCUGAGAAGAGUAAUCAGUGUUUAAGUUUUUGUCAUGGUUUAGGAACCCUUGACCCAUGAUCAUCCUUGAUCUCCUGUUUUCUAGCCCCUAACCCUCAGCUGCUCAGGCGUAUAAAUGAAAUAAAUCUAAGAUGGAAAAUGAUGUCUGUCCAGUGCCUUUUGGUGUCAGAUUUCAUUUCAAGUUAGAUGAAGAAAGAGGAUUAUUUAUUCCAUUAUUUUCCCUGAAAAUGUGAUUGGAGGAAAAACUAACACUCUAUAGACUGAGCAUACACUGACUAAAAGACUGUAAGGCUGUAAGUUCUACUCAUCAUUCGAGAACUCCAUCCACAAAGACUACUUCACAGAAAAGCUGUGUAAUCCAAUAUCAGCACAGUUCCUGUGGUUCUUGGUCCUCAAAAACUAGUAGAGGUUUGAAAUACCCUCAUAUGUGUGUGUACUGUAUGUGUGUGUGUGUG